AUGCCGAGCUUCUUUCUGUUUGGGAGGAAGAAGGAUAAGAAGAAAAAGACUCGCGAUGGUGCCACAGACGAGGGCGACGCGGCGACUCCCUCGUUGACGGCCAGGGAAAACUCUAACGGCUCGAAAGAAUCGGCGACAAAGCACGGUAAAGGAUCCACUACGUCUCACGAUGCAGCGGGCGGGUCUACGCCCCCAGGUCUAGACACGCCGCCCGCUGACGCCUCCGGCCCAGCCACCGAGACUUCACCACCGUUGCUACCCUCGACGAAGCAACGAUCCUAUUCCAAAAACACUAUGCAGGAGCUGCCGCCACCGCCGCCGUCGGCGCCUCCGGCGACCAACUCGCCUAGUCUUCGGGCGAGUGCGGUCCAUCUUACCCUCCAUCACUCCACGCUCAAUGACGCCCCCGUCUCUACCCCGCGCAGCGUGGAUCUGUUUCCGCGCGAGUUAUCGGAAGUGACGAUCCCGCAGCUGACCGAAGUGUUUCAGGUCUUUCGGACGUUCCUCGACAACUGCACAAGCACGGAGGUGAAGCAGAAGUCUGUGUCGCAGCUGCGCCAGGUCCUUCCCGAGAUCGCCGCCGUCGACACCACUGUGUCGGCUGAGAGGAUCAAGGCACAGAACUUCCACCCAACAUUUUCGAUCGAACCCAUACUGAACCACUUGUUGGCGCAGCCGGCACCCCUGCGCGCGCGCCUCUGCCUCGCCAUCUACCGCUUCUGCGGAGAGCUGUGCGAGGAGCUGGAGGGUGACUUGCUCUGUCAAGAGACAGGGCUCUUUAGUGGCCUGCAAUGCAUGAACCCGAACCUGCGUCCCGCCGCCGACGGCAAUUACGGCAUCUCUGGAGAUCCACGUCAAGCCUCCCUCUUUGGUGGUAGUUUCACGGAGAACGGGACUGCGAAGAUAGAGCGCUGUCCUGACAUCGAUCUCCCGAAGAUCUACAACAGCCUCCUGCACAAGGAAGACUACCUACCGAGUGCCGAAGAGCUCAACGAGAUCUUUCUGCGCGUGCAGGAGCUGCUGCGAGUCGAACCAAAUGUGGUGAUGGUGGCGAUGCCGGCCGUCCUCGUCGGAGAUCUGCAUGGGCAGAUACGCGAUCUGCUGGAAAACGUGCUGACACUGGGGGGCCCACUCGUGUCGAAUGAGGCGCUGGCGCUGGCGUCCCCUAAAUCCCAUGCGGCCAAGUCGAAGGCGCCCACCUCUAAGAAGAGCGGCAAGGCGGCAGGCGCAGCGAAGACCUUCAGUGGGGCGCCGAAAGGUGAUGAGAACCGACCCACGCAGCCGCCGAACUACUUGUUCCUGGGUGACUAUGUCGACCGUGGGCCGAGCAGCCUGUCCGUGAUUGCACUGCUCUUCACGGCCAAGCUAUUAUCGCCAAACACCGUGUUUUUGUUGCGUGGUAACCACGAGUGCCCGAAUACCAAUCGCUUCUACGGCUUCCUCGACGAAUGCCACCGUAGCUACCCCAUUGUGAACCACAAGGUCAUCACGCUCCAUAUGUGCGCCCGGUCGGCGUCCGAAGAGAACACCGACGGUGCGGCAGCAAAUCGAAGCGGCAACAGCUCCCCAGGUGCCAACUCUACCUGCAAGGGCGACAGCGGCGCCCUGAGCACGAUCGAUACGAACAGCAGCGUCGAGCCGACCGCGGCUGGGAUGGGCCGGCAUCUCGGCAGGGACUGCGAAGCGAGUCCGGACGACAUGGGGUGGGACAUGAAGGAUCACCCGCUGUGGCUUGUCGCGAAUGACGCGCUUUGCUCGCUUCCUCUCUGCGCCGCGCUUUACGAGGAGGUAGAGGACGACGACAGAGCGGCUCUGCCGCCCGCUCCUACCGCUGCCGCGUCGAACACCGAGGACAUGCUUGCAGCUGACGGCACCGAGAACCCUGUAGCGGCAUCAAAAGCGAAAAAGUCAACCAAAGCGAAAGCCGUAAAGAAGAGUACCCGGUGCAGCAUUGGAAACGCGAGUUUCGCAGAGUCCUUCAAGUCUCCGAAUCUCGUAGCGGGCAAGUCGCCUACGCUCACUGACGGCAAUGCACGCACCACUAGCAACAAGGCAGCCAGUACCUCCACCGAACCGUCACCGCUGUCCCCGCCAAGCGCCAGUGCAUUCGUUGCAAAGCCGAAGAAGACGCGGCAGGUCGUGCGCGUGUCUGCAAUGCACGGUGGCCUGUCCCCCUUCAUUGACGACAGCUUCGACGGCAUCAUCGCCAUUUACCGGUUUCGCAACAUCGAGCAUGGUGCGCUGGCCGAUCUCACGUGGUCGGAUCCAUCCUCCAGCGCAGCCGCCGACGGCGCGACGGCGUCGGACUCCCGUGCGAACGAGAGCCAGCCACCUUUGAGCAAGUUCCAGUCUGCCUGCGUCUUCAACGGAGCCCCCAUUGGCUUCACCGGUAAUCCGCGUGGCACAGGGCACAUCUUCGGCGAGGAUGCCACGAUAGACUUCAUCAACACAAAUCAUCUAUAUUUUAUCGUGCGCGCGCAUCAGUGCGUGCAGGAGGGCUUUCAGUGGAACCACAAGGACCGCCUGCUGACGGUGUUCUCAGCCCCCAACUACUGCGGUAUGCGCAAUAAAGGCGCGGUUCUUCUGCUGGAUAAGAAUGGGGCCCCGACACUGAAACAGUACGCGCACACGGAAGCUGAGGAGAAGUCGCACGCGACGACCACGGGCGCGCCACAGCCACCAAGGCUAUUCUCGUAG